CUUUUCUUUCUUUUCCAGAGCACGGUAAUUGUGGAGAAGACUGUUCAAGACCUGAUGAACCUAAUGCAUGACUUGAGCGCCUAUUCGGAUCAGUUCCUCAACAUGGUGUGUGUGAAACUCCAGGAGUACAAGGACACCUGCACCCUGGCCUACAGGACCAUCGUGCAGUCGGAUGAAAAGCUGGUGAUCAGCGCGUCCUGGGCUAAAGAUGAUGAUAUUAGCAGGCUCCUGAAAUCUCUGCCCAACUGGAGCAACAUGGCUCAGCCCAAGCAACUGAGACCCAAGAGGGAGGAGGAGGAAGACUUUAUAAGGGCUGCUUUUGGCAAAGAGUCAGAAGUUCUCAUUGGCAACCUGGGAGAUAAACUGAUCCCUCAACAGGAGAUCCUGCGGGACGUCAGCGACCUGAAGGCCUUGGCCAACAUGCACGAGAGCCUGGAGUGGUUAGCAGGUCGCACCAAGGCAGCCUUCUCCAACCUCUCAGCCACCCAGACCAUGUCUCCUGGCCAGGACAGCCAUGCCAGUCUGGAACACCUUCCUGCAUCCGAACAGAUCCUGCAAACCUUGAGUGAGCUGGCCAGGUCUUUCCAAGAGAUGGCUGACCGCUGCCUGCUGGUUCUGCAUUUGGAAGUCAGAGUUCAUUGCUUCCACUACCUGAUCCCACUGGCUAAACAAGGGAACUACGCCAUCGUUGCCAACGUGGAGAGUAUGGACUAUGACCCCCUCGUCGUCCGGCUCAACAAGGACAUCAGUGCUAUCGAGGAAGCCAUGAGCGCCAGCCUCCAGCAGCACAAGUUCCAGUACAUCUUCGAAGGUUUGGGCCACCUUAUUUCCUGCAUCCUUAUCAACGGCGCCCACUACUUCAAGCGCAUCAGCGAAUCUGGCAUCAAGAAAAUGUGUAGGAACAUCUUCAUCCUCCAGCAAAACCUGACGAACAUCACCAUGUCACGUGAGGCUGACCUGGACUUUGCAAGGCAGUAUUAUGAGAUGCUCUACAACACAGCAGACGAGCUUUUAAACCUGGUGGUGGAUCAAGGGGUGAAGUACACAGAGCUGGAAUACAUCUAUGCCCUGAACUUACUGCACCGGAGCCAGACGGGUGUGGGAGACCAAACCACCCAGAACAUGAGGUUGCAGCGGUUGAAGGAGAUCAUCUGUGAGCAGGCUGCUAUCAAACAGGCCACCAAGGACAAGAAAAUCACCACCGUGUAAUUUGCUCUGGCGCUCACGGUAACUGAGCAGCAGGGGCUGUCAGGUUGCAGGUCCAAGCCUCUGCGUUUAUGUUAUAAUCCAAGGCAAAAGCGCGUCUCUUCUGGGUGGCAUUGUACUACCGAGAAGCCAUUUGAGAUUUGGCUUUGGGGUUGUUUUGGGGGUUUUGAUGUGUAAUCACCUAAUGCUUCCUUAAUGCGUUGUCCCAAGAGUGAUUGCACAGCAGGAACAGGCAUCUUGGCGGAGGUUUGGGUGGGAUAUUUGGCUUUGCUCUGUUGCUGCUGCUUCGCCUUGAGAUGCAAGGCAAGCUGCUAGCUGGCGGGGUGGGAAAAGAGAAUAUUUCACACUGGGUUAGGUCAGAGUCUUCAGUGGAAAUUCAGACCACACUAAAAUAAACAGCACCAUGACAGUCAAGCGCAGACCUGUUGGUCACAUGUGGGAUCUUGAUGGUUUUGAAGCCAUUCCACCAGCGUUGCUGCAUGGAGCCUGUUUAAGCUCUGCCAGUACUAUUUUCGAUGACAGUUGUAGAUGCAUUAAGUUUUCUGCUGUUUCCACUGCAAAGAGGUCUAGUUGCUUAUUCCUUCGGAUAGUGAUAAGCCAGUUCUCGUAGUGGGAGGUAACUUGGGACCAUUUGUUUCCACUUCUACUUUUUCAUUAUCACAGAGCCAUAUGGCAUCGGUUUCUACAGCGCAUACUGCACUGGGUGAUGGUGGAUAUAAGAGAAAAUUGCCAAUAAAAGGUAAUAGCAAAACUUAAUUCUCUUUUUUCUGAAUAUAUCUUUUGAGUCUCCUCAGCUCAAAAGAUAUUUUGUAAUCGGCAUUUGAUGUACUGGAAGGACACGCAGGCUUUUGUAGCUCAGCAGUGAUGGAUCAGCAACGGCAGGAGGAGGGCAGGUCCCAGCUCUGCCAUCACCAUUUCUGCCCUGCCUUGACCACAUAAAGCCACCUGGUAAGAGGUUCCUUACUCACGGAGGCUGAGCAGUUUAUACCAUCCCUCCAAACCGAAAAUACACUGCACUUGUGAUUCUCAAGUAAAUUGUCAACCCAGCUGGGUUCCACAUGAUGAGAUAGGUUCUCUCUGAGCUGUGUAACUGCUUGUGUGUCAGUCUUCAAACUGCAAAAUUAAAGGAUGUUUAAAGACUCCUCAAA